AUGGUGAGGAACCUGGACUCAGGCACCUUGGGUUCAAGUGGCAGCUCGGUGGCCGUGGGCAAGAUUCCUGCCCCUCAGCGUCUCCGCUUCUUCAUGAACUUAGGGGCCACGGUCGGGGGACUACGGCCAGGGCACCGGCUCGGGAAGGCUGUGGAUGCGCAUGAAUGGUGUGACAGCGGCCUGGGCUGUCGGGGUCCGGACUCUGUGACUCUGGGAGCACCAGCGCGGGGCGGAGGCGGGCCGGGGCUGUUGUGGGCACCGCUCACCCUUGGCUGUGCCCCUGAAGAUGGGGCGGCACCGCGCUCGGAGGUGAUUCAUCACCACGAGCCUUUCCUGGAUUUCCUGCUGGGCUUUGCAGCUGGCACCGAGUCCCUGCACCUGCAGGAUGAGCUGGGCCAAGCAGCCCGGCACUUGGCAGACACUGGGGAGGCGUCCACGGUGCAGAGAACCAGCCCGGAGAAGUUAGAGGAAACUGAGGAGGACCGGAAGCUGCAGUUGCGGGUUGAAAAUUACCAGGACCCCCGCCCACUCCACGUGGCCGCCAUCCUGGAAGAGGCAGACUUGGUCUGGCUGUUCCAGAAGGCCCCAGCCAACCUCAGCAAACCAGAGCCCGUGUGCAGCCUGCACUUGGCAGUGGAGGUCCACGCGGCUGACUUGCUGGAGAUUCUCCUGAGGGCAGGCUCAGACCCCGCUGUCGCCAUCCGUGGCUGUAUGCCAUGGGGCAGCACCACUGUCUGGCGCCACCCCAUCCUCUCCGGCCUCCUCUGCACACGCGGAGCCCCUGAGCCCGAGGACGAGGGCAGCAAGCCUGGCUCCUGCAACAGUGGCGACAGCGACAGUGACAGUGGGGAUGAGGGUGUGAGUCAGGAGGAAAGACGGGGUGGCCCGGCUGGGGGGUCAGGGUAA